AUGGCGAUCUUCACACGGGUCUUUACCAUACACUUUGACGGCGGUGUGUACGAGGCCUCGACCGACUGCCGCGUCACCCGCACUUUGCGCGAACUCCUCGUCGCAACGCUGCCGCCCCCGCCCUCGCCGCUGCGGCACACGGCGGCCUGGGUGGACGGCUAUGCGUGCUCCUUCGGCGGCCAGCGGUUGUCGCUUGCGGCGUCUACGGCGGUGGUGCCGACCACGUUGUAUGUGACGUUGGCCGCACGCAAUAGCCUGGAUGGGGAGACGGUCGCUGCAGGAGGCGCAGACUCGUUGAAGCGGCGGCGGCCCGGCGGCGCAGGGAGGAGGGGAGCCAGCGCGAGCGAGGACGGCAACGGGGGCGAGGAGAGCAACAACAGCAGCGGCAGCAGCGAACGUAGUAGCAGCAGUGGCAGUAGCGGUGGGAGCGGAGAGGGCCCCGUCCGAUGCCAGCGCCAGCCGUACUGGCACCCUCGUGGAGCGCAGAGCAAUGGGGACAGGAACGACACCAAUAACAGUAGCAACUACGAAGAGGAAGAUGGGUAUGACGAGGGUGAGGGAAGUGAGGAGGAAGACGUGCAUGGUUCGUAUAGGUCGCGCGACAGCAACAGCGUUGCAAGGGAGCGGGAACAAGCCGACAGUGAGGGCGGCAGCGACGACGACACGGUCAGUUGCGAUGGCCGCCGGCGGGAGGCGGUGCUGCCCGUCGUUGUGGGCGGCGUUGUGCGUCUCAUAAACAUCGAAAGCCGCGACAAGAGUCACCAAUGGACAGUGUACAUCCGUGGCCUUUUUAACGAGACGGAGUACCUGGCGCAAUGCAUCGAGUCGGUGCGCUUCAUCCUCGACCCCUCCUUCACACCGAGUGAGCGUGUUGUGCGGACGGCGCCGUUUGAGUUGACCGAGGUGGGCUGGGGCGAGUUUGUCGUCAAGAUGCAGGUGCAACUGCGGCACUACCCGCGCCCCAUUCGGGUGAGGCUCUCCUCCUCCGCAUUCGCCGCAACGGCAAGCUGUGAAUCGGAGAUUAAGGUGGCGUCAACGUUCCUGGCGUUGCAGCCGAUUGUGCCACUGUCGGGCCUCACACGCGGGCCCGUCUUGUCGCCUGUUGUGCAUGUGCUCAGCCGGCACCGCUACCACAGUGAGACUGCGGUCGCGUCACCAGUGACCACGGCGGCCACGGUCUCCGGUGACGGCAGACGGGGCAUCGUCAAGGCGGAGGUAAAGGUGGAGGAGGGUGGCGCAGGCAGUGAUGCUAACGACAGGCCCCGUGGCGGUGACGCGCAGCCGAGCGAGGCCCGACCCCCCGGACAGCCGGCGCUCGCAACACUGGAAAUGUCUCCAGGUGUUGUGACGCUUUCGCACCUGCUGCGCUUCUCGCACCGUCCCCGCCGUGCGCACUGCAUUCCGCCCCUUGGCCGGCCCUAUGAGCCGGAGGAGCACGUCGGGUACACCAUCGUGCAGGCGCCGGUCGUGACGGAGCAAUACGAUGAGAUUGUUGUGCCGGAUCCACCCGCGCCCAUGAUGGAGGUGGCGGAGGCUUUGCCAAGCAUGCUGCGCCGCCGCAUCGCGACCGUCAAGACGGCCCGGACGAUGGCGCAACAGCCACAGCAACGUCAGCAGAAACUUCUCGCCGGCGGCGCCGCCCCGUUGGGCGUUGCCGCGGCGUUCUCCGAGAACGGUGUCUCGUGCUGGGGGUACAUUCUGCAGGAGGAGCCUGACGAUGCGGUGCUGGCUGAGUCGUACCUUGAGAGUGUUGGGGCGACCUUGCCGUCUCCGGCCGGCACACAGCUCUCGAGCACCGAUGCGUUUUUGUCCCCGCCCUACGGGGGGCCGCAAAAACAGGAACACGAACAACCACCGCUGUCACCCGCCUUCUACGGCGUCGACACCCCGAUCGUCGUAAAGCCGCCGCGGGGGCGACGGAAACUCGCCGGCGCGGAGAUGGACCUGUCGGCGCUAACGACAGCAAAGAAGGGUCUCGUGGAGGCCAUUGAGAAGAUGCGGCGUGAGUUGGUGCUGCGGCAGGCGGCGCAGACCUACCAGCACUACAGCUGA